GAGGGGCGCGCGCGCCGGCCAGUGUGAACCGAGUCGCCGCUGAGGCGCCAAGUACCGCCGCGAGUGUAGUGUGUGAAAGCGAUCGAGGAGAGCGGUGACACCUCACAGAACUGAGCUCCGAGAUAUCCCCUUGUGCGAUGGGCGUAGCGCUUGCGUGAGGACACGAUGGCGCUGCGCGGCGCGCGCGCGCAGGACCCGCAGCGCUCCCGCGGCGACACGCAGCGCGCGCUCGACGAGUUCGACGAGCUGGCGGGGCUGCGCGGCGCGCCUCCCGAGGGCGGCGAUGGCGAGCGCACGGUGUACGUGCUGGAGCACCUGGCCACGUUCACGGUGACGCGCGAGACGGGCAUCGUGUACCCGGCCGACGGCAUGCGCCGCCUGCUGCAGCUCGAGAAGACCAACGGAAUAUGGAGCCAAAAAAUGCAACUGAGCCUGGAGGGGCAAUGGGUACUCGUCAUGGAUUACGAGACCGGGUCAAUAAUGGAGCGGUUCCCGGCGUCGUGGGUGCACUCGCCGACUGCCUUCACGUCGCCGGAGCCGGCGGAGCUGUACAACAACGUGCUGGCGUUCGUGGUGGGCGCGCCCGCGGGCCCCGGGCCCGGGCCCGGCGCCGGGGGCCCGCCGGCCGGGCCCGACGCGCCCCUGCCGCGCCGCGAGCUGCACAUCUUCCAGUGCCACGACGUGGCUGCGCAGACGCUCGUCGAGGAACUCAAUGCGCUCAAGGGCGUCGGCAGCGGAGGGUCGGGCGAGGGCGCGCGCGACUUCAUCAUCGAGCGGGAACGCGAGCGCGAGCGGGAGACGGAGAUGGAGCGCCCGCGACGGCAGCAAAUGUCGGCGCAGCUGGGCCGCGAGCGCACGGAGCGCGGCGGCUCGGGCGGCGAGCGCGACGACGCCUCGUCCACGGGCUCCGAGCGCCUCUACGAGCAGGACAUCGCCAUCCUCAACCGCUGCUUCGACGACAUCGAGAAGUUCAUCGCGCGGCUGCAGCACGCCGCCGCCGCGUCGCGCGAGCUGGAGCGGCGGCGGCGCUCGCGCGGGCGGCGGCAGGCGGGCGCGGGCGAGGGCAUGCUGGCGCUGCGCACGCGCCCGCCGCCCGAGCGGGACUUCGUCGACGUGCUGCAGAAGUUCAAGCUGUCCUUCAACUUGCUGGCGCGGCUGCGAGCGCACAUCCACGACCCGAACGCGCCCGAGCUGGUGCACUUCCUGUUCACGCCGCUGGCGCUGAUCGUGGACGCGGCGCAGGACGUGGCGGACGGCCGCCUGCCCUCGCGCGUGGUGCAGCCGCUGCUCACGCGGGACGCGCUCAACCUGCUGGCCAACUGCGUCACCAGCAAAGAAACGGAGCUGUGGCAUUCGCUGGGCGACGCCUGGCUCAUACCCAGGGAACAAUGGAAGACAGCGAUUCCCCCGUACCACCCCGUAUUCAUGGACGGGUGGUCGCCGGACUACCAGGUCGAUGACCAGCCUCUACGCAGGACUUCGCCUCGGCGCAGCGACGCGGGCGCAGGCGGCGCGGGCGCGAGCCCGGCGGGGGGCGCGGGCGGCGGGGAGGGCGCCGCCUACGCCUACGACCGCGACGAGAGGGACGACAUAUACGGCGAGCAGUAUGCGCCGUAUUCCAGCGGGCGCACGCUCACGCGCGAGGACUCAGGCUCCGCCGCGUCCUCCCCGGAGCGAGAGCCGCCCUACCGCCCUGAGCGGGAUGAUGACGAGCUGGGCGAGUCGUGGGCGCGCGGCGUGGCGGCGCGCGGCGGGCGCGUGGUGCGCGUGACGUACCCGCGCACGGCCAACAACGACAAGGAACUCACCGUCGUGCGCGGCGAGUACCUCGAGGUGCUGGACGACUCGCGCAAGUGGUGGAAGGCGCGCAACCGGCGCGGCGCCACGGCGCACGUGCCGCACACCAUCGUGGCGCCCGCCUUCUCGCCGCCCGCCUCGCCGCACCUCUACCCCAACCCCAUCUACACGCACUACCAGGAGGGCGGCGGGCGCGGCUCCGGCGGCAGCAGUCCCACGGGCGCGCCGGAGAAGCCUGCAGCAGCCCCGCCGCCGCCGCCGCCCCCGCCACCGCCGCCGCCGGCGCCGGCGCCUGCGCCGGUCCCCGCCCCAGUGCCAGUCAAGACUGACACCAUGAAAUCGACAAAAUCCAUGAUGAGCACGAGCAGCGAGCUGAACGAGGAGCUGAAGAUGGUGCUGCCGGCCAUCCAGAACCGCAAGAACAAGCUCGACUUCAAGAAGACGCCCGAUAUAUUUAUUGACCAGAAAUCCAACCCCGACGAGGUGGUGAACUGGCUGGAAGCGAAGGGCUUCUCGGAGCGCGCGCAGAAGCAGCUGCGCGUGCCGGGCCACCAGCUGUUCGCGCUCGGGCGCGCGCAGCUCGAACGCGCGCUGGGCGCCGACGAGGGCAAGCGGCUGUACUCGCAGGUGCUGGUGCAGCGCAACGUCUCCGGGGUGAGUGGACACACCUCCCCCCACAUUCGCCACUACGUACAAAACUACGUCAGCCUCCGAGCUACAGAGCAUACUGCGGAAGGUGCGAGAGAAGGUGGAGGUGUCGUGAGCGGCCGCGUCGGCGAGCGCGCGACCCGGUGCACCGACGACCACGACGAGAACGCGUCCGUGUGCUGACGGCACACUAAUCUUGAAUAUUUAUUCUUAUUGUUCUCAGUUUCAAUACUUCCACUCGUGGAACAAUUGAUUUCAAUGGUGUCUCGAUUCGCUGUACUUGAAUGACAAAAAUGAGUUAAGACAAUAAAAAAUAUUUUAAUUAUGAGACAAAAAUUAGAGCCUCUUUUAAUGUAUUGUGCUGUUAAAACUUUGUGUAGAUGUGAGUUGAUUUCAUUGGAUUCAAAACAAUGAAUGACUAGUCUACGUUCCAUUGAUUUCAAUAACGACUGACAGUCAUCCAGUCACUUGUAUUAGUUAUGAUUGUUAUUUUAAAACAUGUGCAAUAACUAAGUUAUUUUCAAUUAAAUUAUAUCUUACUUAAGCUCGACAUAGACAAUACUUUUAUGUAAUUCACAGUCAACAGCGCAUCAGACUAAACAUAUUUGUAGAUAAUACCAAUAAUACUUUUUAUUACCACAGCGAUUGUAGUGUUGAGUUUGAUGUGCUGUUGACCUACGUAGGGAGGAACGUUGUUAUUUUAUAGCGCAUUAUUUAGGAUUAAGAUAGCGUCAGUUAUCAAGCUAGAUUAAAUUAUUUUAUACCAUUAA